UUGGCCCAGGAUGACAGCUGGAGAAUGGAGUCAGUUUUAUCCAAGUAUGAAAACCAGAUUACUAUUUUUGCUGACUACCUAGAAGAGUUUCCAGAUACAGAUGAGCUGGUAUGGAUCUUGGGAAAACAGCAUCUUCUUAAAACAGAAAAAUCUAAGCUGUUGUCUGAUAUAAGUGCUCGUCUAUGGUUUACAUACAGGAGGAAAUUUUCACCAAUUGGGGGAACAGGCCCUUCAUCUGAUGCUGGCUGGGGAUGUAUGCUACGCUGUGGACAGAUGAUGCUGGCUCAAGCCCUUAUCUGCAGACACUUGGGAAGGGACUGGAACUGGGAGAAACAGAAAGAACAACCCAAAGAAUACCAACGAAUCCUACAGUGCUUCUUAGAUAGAAAAGACUGUUGCUACUCUAUCCAUCAAAUGGCACAGAUGGGCGUAGGAGAAGGGAAAUCAAUUGGCGAAUGGUUUGGACCAAAUACAGUUGCACAGGUGUUGAAAAAACUUGCUUUAUUUGAUGAAUGGAAUUCCUUGGCUGUUUAUGUUUCAAUGGAUAACACCGUGGUCAUCGAAGAUAUCAAAAAAAUGUGCCGCACCCUGUCCUUGAGUGCCGACACACCUGCCGAGAGGCCCCUGGAGUCUCUGACUGCUUCCACCCAAAGUAGGGGCCCCUCGGCCUGCUGCACGGCCUGGAAACCCUUGCUGCUUAUUGUGCCCCUCCGCCUAGGCAUAAACCAAAUAAACCCCGUCUAUGUCGACGCCUUCAAAGAGUGUUUUAAGAUGCCACAGUCUUUAGGGGCAUUAGGAGGAAAACCAAAUAACGCCUAUUAUUUCAUAGGAUUCUUAGGUGAUGAGCUCAUUUUCCUGGACCCUCACACCACCCAGACCUUUGUUGACACUGAAGAGAACGGAAUGGUUGACGACCAGACGUUCCAUUGUCUGCAACCCCCACAGCGGAUGAACAUCCUGAACUUGGAUCCUUCCGUAGCAUUGGGGUUUUUCUGCAAAGAAGAAAAAGACUUUGAUAGCUGGUGUAGCCUUGUUCAGAAGGAAAUUCUAAAGGAAAAUUUAAGGAUGUUUGAAUUAGUUCAGAAACAUCCAUCACAUUGGCCUCCCUUUGUUCCUCCAGCCAAGCCGGAAGUAACAACCACAGGGGCAGAGUUCAUUGACUCUACUGAACAACUUGAGGAAUUUGACCUGGAGGAAGAUUUCGAGAUUCUGAGCAUAUAGGAUAGUGGGAACUCAUCUUGGAGAUCUGUCUUCCAUCUGGCACCAGAAGAACACGAACUCAUCAUGUAAAACUUUUUUAGUCAGCAAGUGCCUAAUAUGCCAACAGCAUACAAACUUGAUAGGAAUCAUGACUGAGCCAAUCAUCAUUUCUCAACAACAAAAAAGAGAGAAUGAACAAUAUACCCUUUCCCCAGAAGGAACUAAAACAAUCAUGGAAUCUAGGAGCAGAAAGAUUAGGAGGCAUCUCUUGCUUCCCAGCUUCUUACAUGGCCACAGCAAAUCUUCAGCUGCUGGGAUGAGGAGGUGGAUGUGUGGAGGACAGCCAGCAACUCCCACCUUGCUUUCAGCACCAGCAGAUGAGAGAUGGUUACCUUGUGCUUCUUUACCCUUUCAGGUUAGACCUCUUUGGGCUAAAUACUAAGAAGCAAUCUGUUCCCUUGCUCUAAUAAUAAAGUGUUAAUCAUUGUAUCAGAACAAUUGUAACAAGAACAAAAUGUUCUUGUUAAAGUAUUUGAAUAUGUAUUUAAAUAAUCAUAAUUGAUCUCAAAAAGUAUGUCAAAGACAUUACAUCAAAUGCAUAUUUAUUGAUCUUCCUAUUUGAGAGAACCUUACUAUUGAAUGGGUCAUUGUCCCCGUCUUAACUGAUACUUUUGUCAGAUGUCACCCUGUCCUUAAAUCAUUUAUCACCUAAUUCAGGGGUCUGCAAACUUUUUCUGUCAAGGGCCAGAGAAGAAAUGUUUUAGGCUCUGAAGGCCAUCUAGCAUCUGUCAUAGCUACUCAUCUCUGCUGGUGAAGCACCUAAACAGCCCUGGACAGUGUGCACGCACGAGAGCCUGGCUGUAGUGCAAUAGAACUUUAUUUACAAAAAAAACGGGAAGGGCUGGAUUUAGCCCCAGGCUGUAGUUUGCUAAUCACUGACUUAAAUUAUUGAUUUUUGUUUGGGAAAUUAAAAAUUAUGGUUGAAUUUGA